AUGUUAUUUAAAGAGAUAGAAAAGGAACUACAUACGUAUAAUGCUGGAGGUAUUAUUUCUCUUCGCAAAUAA